CUCAAAAGCUACGUUGUGUCAUGCAGCAUUGGAAAUAUUUCCAUUCAGAACCUUGCAGAUCCUGUUAGGAUUACUGUUAAACAUCGAUCACCACUGGAAAAAGGAGAUCCGACCUGUGUUUUCUGGGACACCAAACUUAAUUCUGGACAUGGUGGCUGGAGCCAAACUGGCUGCAGGGCGCUGAUAAACGAAUCCAAUGCUAACGAGACAGUCUGCUUGUGCAAUCAUCUCACAAAUUUUGGUAUACUGAUGGACCUCCAGAGAGGGCAGUCGUAUUUAGAUUCAGAAAAUGCAAAAAUACUUACCUUCAUAACAUAUAUUGGCUGUGGAAUAUCUGCUAUAUGUACGGCUGCUACACUCCUGACUUACAUUGCAUUUGAAAAAAUAAGGCGUGAUUAUCCGUCUAAGAUCUUGAUGAACCUAAGCACUGCUCUGCUCUUCCUGAACCUUUUCUUCCUCCUGGAUAGUUGGCUGGCAACCUUUGAAAUCAAUGAGCUGUGUAUAGCGGUUGCUGCCCUGCUACACUUCUUUCUUUUAGCUACCUUCACCUGGAUGGGAUUAGAGGCUGUACAUAUGUACAUUGCUCUAGUAAAAGUGUUCAAUACAUACAUUCGUCGAUACAUUCUGAAAUUCUGCAUUAUAGGUUGGGGUAUCCCUGCUAUAGUGGUCGCCAUUGUUCUGGCCAGUACACACAGGAACAUUGCUUAUGGAAAUAGUUUGUAUGGAGCUCAUUUUGAUGGAAAUAAUGGUGAUCCAUUCUGCUGGAUAAAUGACGAUACUGUUUUCUAUGUGACUUGCGUGGCCUACUUUGGAAUUAUAUUCCUGAUGAAUGUAGCCAUGUUCAUUGUGGUGAUGGUACAGAUUUGUGGAAGAAAUGGAAAGAGGACCAAUCGCAGCAUCCGAGAGGAAGUCAUGCGGAACCUGCGCAGUGUUGUCAGCCUUACCUUCCUGCUGGGAAUGACAUGGGGGUUUGCUUUUUUUGCCUGGGACAAAGCUGCUCCUACCUUCCUGUACCUCUUCACUAUUUUCAACUCUUUGCAAGGUUUGUUGUUCAUAUUUUGUCUUUCAUUGUGCGUUUGAAAGAAAAUGUGCAAAAAACAAUGGAGGCGGCACUUUUGCUGUGGGAAACUUCGUUUGCCAGAUAAUUCAGAUUGGAGUAAAACAGCCACUAAUAACACAAAGAAGGUCAGUUCAGAUAACCUAGGAAAAUCCCUUUCCUCGAGUUCAAUAGGCUCGAAUUCUACAUACUGGACAUCCAAGUCAAAAUCAAAUUCUAAUCCUUUCUUUAAAAGAAACAGUAGCACAGAUAAUGGCUUCUAA